UCAGAUAAUAAAUUGUCUGCUAAAAAGAGACAUGUUGCUGCUGAAGACUUUCGCUCCCAUGCUGAUGUUGGCCUUCAUCGGGCAGCAGGUCUCUCUGUCCUCCGCUGCGCGCAAUAAGAACCGAGAAGCGGACAAAACCGUGACUAUAGCACCCCCCGGCAGUGCGCAGAGGAGCGGCGACAAGCUUGCAGCCAGUGUCCGGGGAAAGAUCCCCAGGGGCAAGAUGCAGUGUACUUGGGUGGCAAAAGACGUCGGGGACACUGUCAAGCUGAUGGUAAAAUGCGAGGACCCGGUGGCGCGCAUCAAAGGCGGAUACACCAAUCUGCAGUGCGAAUACAACGGCAAACCUCAGAGCUGCCCGGGCUACCGUUCCAACAACAAGGGCUUCUGGAAACAGGUGUCCCGCGCCUUCAAAAAGCUGAAAACCAAAGUGUGCUCGGACGAGCGCGCGCUGGUGAAGGCUUCCGUGUGUAAGCACGCGCCCCAGGAUGCUCACUUCAAACUGGACAUCUUUAGCUCAGUAGUCUCCGCUCAGUCCGGAGGAGAUGAGCUCACCCCGCCGACGACGCCUCGCUCCACCUCCACCUCCACCACCGUGUCUCCAGCGUGCACAAAGCGCGCGAACCACCAGAAAACGGCUGAAGAGACUUGCAGCGGCUCGUGGGCCAGUGUGUGCAACUUCUUUAUGUCUCUCCUGCAAAGUGACGACUGUUAGCUCCAGAUCUGAGGAGGAGGUGGACACGAUCAGACUAAAUGCAGGAUUUAUUUUGUGUUUGUCAAACAGCGGUGAUGCAGCAGCAACAGAUCUUUAAUUUUUAAUCAGUAAAAGUCAGAUUUUAUCUCCACAAUUUGUAUUUAUACCCAACUGGACUGAGUGGUUUCAUCAAUAUGACAUUUGUUUAUUGAGUAAUUUAUCAUCGCUGGUGGAAAGUGACUAAUUACCUUUUGUCAAGUAACAAUGUUCAGGCACUUAGACUUUGAAUACCUAAACUUCUACUUUACAACAUUUUUGUGGCAGUUGUACAUUUUGAGAUUUUCAUAUUCUGUUUAAUAUUGUUUUCCAGCUUUUCAAUGAACAUUUCUGACCAAUAAACACAGAUAAAAACAUGAAACCACUAAUUGAUGUUGACCUGAAAAGGCUUCAAAGUUUGAGAAUAUAGUUUUUUUUAAUUGUAAUAGAGUUUUUUUUACAGUGUGGUAUUGUUUUA